CAGGUGCGUGUCCUCCAUCAUGUGAACCUACUGUGUAGGAUACCCCACGCUGUCUAUGAGUCUAUGAUACCAGUUCGACAUGUUUAUGCAUUAACGCGUCAAACGCUGAGGAUUUUUCUUGAAUAUUAUAAGGCAUUGGUACCGAUAAUAUUCCCCGCGGCCGUAUAAUAUUCCCCGCAAAAUUUGAGUUUGGGCGCGGCCACUUUAAAUUCCAUUUCUCAACCAACGGUCGAACUUUGCCUCCUCCCACCAUCCUUCUAGAUCCCACAUCGUUAUGCCUUUCAACUUUUUUGCUCGUGCUGUCCCCGCCGUCCCGCGAUCGAUGGUCCUAACCCGCACCCUCCAGCCCCGCGUAAGAUUCCAGAGUACCGCACCAGCAAAGCCGAACCGUGUUCCGCGUGUCCUCCCUUCGUUCUCCCUUGAGGGAAAGGUUUGUCUAGUUACUGGUGCUGCUAGAGGUCUAGGUAAUGAAUUCUGUCGUGCGUUCAUCCAAUCGGGAUGCACAGAACUAGCUAUUGUUGAUCUGAAGGAGAGCGAGGCGCAAGCUGCCGCUUCUGAGUUAGUAUCGAACGCAUGCGUUAACAGCGACAUGACUCCGGAAGACUUCAACGUUAUCGGUGUAGGAUGUGACGUGUCCUCGGAGUUAUCUGUGCAGCGCGCAUUUGAGCAAGUCAUGGACACCUACGGGCGAUUGGAUGCGGUAGUUGCAUCUGCAGGAAUUGUGGAGAACUACUCCGCAUUUGACUACCCCUUCGACCGCAUAAAGCGCUUGUAUGACAUCAAUGUUCAUGGAGCCUUCUUUACUGCGCGAGAAGCCGCUCGGAACAUGAUUCCUCAGGGAGGUGGAUCCAUCGUCUUUGUUGCUAGCAUGAGCGCAUCGAUCAUCAACAUUCCGCAGCCGCAAACACCUUAUAAUGCUUCGAAAGCGGCGGUGCGUCACAUGGCUUCAAGUUUGGGAGUUGAGUGGGCAAAGAAGGGCGUGCGCGUUAAUACACUGAGUCCUGGCUACAUGUUGACAAAGCUUACCAAAACCAUCCUCGCCCAUGACCAAGAUUUGAAGAAAACUUGGGAAAGCUUGACGCCCAUGGGCAAGAUGGGUGAACCAGAGGACUUGGCUGGUGCUAUCGUGUUCCUCGCAAGUGAUGCGUCCAAAUUCAUGACCGGAGCCGAAGUUCGCGUGGACGGAGGCUACUGCGUUAUUUAAGCCAAUGUUCUUAUUCUUGGAUUUGUCGGUGCCAAUGUUGGGAGUAGCAUCACAUAGAGUUCACUAGAGUACUUUCAGGCGAAUGCCUUGUCUAUUUGUUGUCUAUAAUACAUAGUUUUAUGGUGGGCGAGCGAGUCUACCGGGUUCCGAACAAAUAAACUACGUAACAGUUGCUUGUCC